AGACGUUCGAGCGAGUAAAAAUUUGACACUUGAUGCGCGCCAAAUGUCAUCAUUUUGCAUCAAAAAUUUUUGUACUGCGCGCCAAUAAUGGAAGAAGAGAGUGAAAAAUUAAAUUCACCGGUUACUCAACUGCUAGUAAGGUCCCGGCUUGACCUGGAGCCCGAGUUUGCUGGCGGGAGGAGGAAAAAGUCCGUCCUAUGGGGUAAGGUCGUCGAUAAUAUGCGUUUAAUAAAUCCCGAAGUGUCCCAAACAAAGGAGUUUAUGCAAAGGAAAUUUUUAAAUUUGUUUGCGACGUAUAAGAGGAUUAAAAAACGCAACGACGCGACAGGUCGAGGUGCCACGACAUGGGAAUAUUUUAAAGAUUUUGACAGCGUGUUUGGUAAUAGGCACUCCAUUGAGCCUCCCAUAAGAAACCUCCAGAGCUCACUGCAAUCUUUAGUCGAAAGUGGAGUGAGUGAGGAGGAAAGGUGCGCGGAAGAAAGCGAGGCAGAAGGUGUCAGCCGGAAAAAACGACCAAAAACUAUUGCAUCUGAGACAUUGGAUUUUUUUAAAGAAGAAGCGCGGAAGGAGCAGAUUCGGCACGAAGAAACUAUGCUGAUCGAAAAGGAAAAAUUGCUAGUUGACAAGGAGAGGAUAAAAGCAAUGUUGGACUUGCGGCAAGUUUUGGAGGGAUUGUGCCAAAAAUAAAAAGUGUUCAUUUUUUAAUAAACUUUAUGUUUAUAUUCAUGUAAUAUAUAUUAUUAGUAAAAACAAGUUCCUAUUCAUUCAUUCAUGUUCAUUUUUUAAUAAACUUUAUGUUUAUAUUCAUGUAAUAUAUAUUCUUAUUCCAUAUAAUU